ACACGACGCAGGCUACUUUUCUAAAAAAGUUUCUCGAAAUAUUGCCUGUUCACUUCUUUCUCUUCUAUGAAUCUGGCAAACUACUCGUACUAUUCUGGCAUGUGCAACAUGACCGCAGAGACGCAGCACUCUCCCGCAGAGAUCAGCCCGGUGGUCCUGUCCCCCAACGUCAGCCUGGACUCGCCGCUGCCCCCGCUUUUGUUGCAAGGCCGCUCCAAGGACGGCGUCCUGAUCAAGUCGGAGCCGCGGGGGCCCAGCCCCGACGCCGAGGACGGAGUCGUGCUGGGCCAGACGGAUCAGGAGCACCUGCCCACCGGUAGCCGCCGCAGGAAGAGACCCGUGCAGCGGGGCAAGCCCCCCUACAGCUACAUCGCUCUCAUCGCCAUGGCCAUCGCCAACUCCCCCGAGAGGAAACUCACUCUGGGGGGCAUUUAUAAAUUCAUCAUGGAGCGCUUUCCGUUCUACAGGGAGAACUCCAAGAAGUGGCAGAAUUCGAUCCGUCACAACUUGACCCUCAACGACUGUUUCGUCAAGAUCCCGCGGGAGCCCGGCAGACCCGGGAAGGGCAACUACUGGACUCUGGACCCCGCCGCCGAGGACAUGUUCGACAACGGGAGCUUCCUGAGGAGACGCAAGCGGUUCAAGCGCACAGAUGUGAGCACCUACCCGGGCUACAUCCAGAGCUCCAGCGCCUUCACGCCCACCCCGAUGGGAAGGCCUUCCUACCCCAACACCCUGUACGCGGGGAUCGGGUCCGGGUACGCGGCUUCCUCCCCGCAUCCGGCCAUGCUGCAUCACUACCAGACUUCCGCCGGCGUGUGCCAGGCGCAGCCGCGCAUGUUCAGCAUCGAUAACAUCAUCAGCCCUCAGACGAUCGGGGAACUCAACCCCCAAGCUUUGCAGGGGCUCGGCGGGGGGGGCCCGCCCGCCAUGACCUCAAGCUGUUCGGUCACCGGGGGGGACCCUUCCGCGUGUUUCCAGACCCAAACCGUCAACCAGUCCGCCAACAUGUUGAGCAGAAACAGCGGCAAUAUGUCCUCCAAUAUCCCCUCCAACCUCACCCCGGCGUACCCCUACUCCUCCCCGGCGUCGCCUCCCAACCUGACCGGCGUGGCCCAGUCCGGUUUUUCCCCCGGGAGCUCUCAGGUGUACUGCCCGGGCAACAGGCUCUCUCUGCCGGCUCUGCGGCCGAGCUCCUGCGCGGAGCACACGGAGCAGCUUCUGGGUCUCUCGGGCCCGAUGAACACUUACAACAACUCUUACAUGAGACAGGCCAACUUUGCAUCGGGACUGGAACGAUACAUGUGA